AUGUCUUCCCAGCCCAACGUGGAAGGCGUUGGCCCAGCAGAUGAGCGGGCGCCUUUGCUUGCGCAUGCUGACGCGCCUGAUUACACGUCUGUACCUCGACAGGGGGACGAUGAACCCCAAGUCCCCGACGAAGAGGUAUCGCGUACAUGGCAGUACGUAUGGAGAGGGCUCCUACUCCUGGCUGCAACGCUCAUCAUCGUUGUGUUUGUCAAGGCAUGGAUAGAUGCAGACGACGUCGAUUUUGACCUCAAAGGCGCACUGAAGCGCGCCUUGGGCGGCGGGCUCAGCGGCGCAGCAGCCAUGGUUCUGCAGGUACUGCUUCUCAUGCCCAUCCGCACCAUCAUGAACUACCAAUACCGCCACGGGACUUCGACCACCACAGCCACCAAGACGCUCUAUCACGACGGCGGUAUCGGCCGGUACUACCAAGGCAUGGGCGCAGCGCUCUUCCAGGGCCCCAUUGCGCGCUUUGGCGACACGGCUGCGAACGCCGGUAUUCUCGCCUUGCUGCGAUCCAAUGGUUUCCUCAAGCAACUACCAUCCCCUAUCCAGACAAUCUUCGCCUCUGCCUGCGCCGCCGCCUUCAGAAUGCUCUUGACUCCCAUAGACACGCUCAAAACCACCUUACAGGCCCAGGGCCCCAGCGGCUGGCGUAUUCUCCGUAACCGUAUCAAGACAGACGGCAUCGGAAGUCUCUGGUGGGGUGCCUUCGCCACCGCAGCCGCUACCUUUGUCGGCCACUACCCUUGGUUCGCAGUGUAUAACCUGCUUUCCGAGACCAUUGCCGAGCCCUCCAAGCAGCAGGUUGGGUGGUGGUUGUUGCGCGCGGCCUUUAUUGGCUUCUGUGCAUCAGUCACGUCGGACACCAUUUCCAAUUCUUUGAGAGUGGUCAAGACGUACCGUCAAGUCAACGACACCAGGAUUUCUUAUACAGAAGCGGCGAGGAAGGUGAUUAGGCAGGAUGGUCGACUUGGGCUUUUUGGGAGAGGGCUCAAGACGAGGAUUAUUGCCAACGGAUUGCAAGGCAUACUAUUCUCUAUAUUGUGGAAGCUGUUCUUGAAGAUGUGGGAGGAGAGGACGGGUUAG